ACAAAUUGCCCGGUUGGUGUUUAUUGUUUUACAGAUAUUGUACGAUCUACACUUGAACUUGAAAUCUUUCUUUCGUGUUCCUGUAACAAUUCGCAGUCACUCAUCAGCUAAUUACACGUGUUUGAAGUUUAGACUUAAGUGUUCUCUUAAGUUUUUAGUCCGCGCACCAAAGUAGCCAGUAGGGCACCAAGUACGUACUGAAAAAUCGGAAGUGGUUUCCAAAAAAAUGGAGUUCGAUAUGGAGGAGAUAAGUGCGAAACCAAAUCAAGUAAUACAGUUUCUAGAGAAUAGAGAUUCCAAUGACAACAAUAUAAUAGUGGUCAAUGUUGAGAAAACAUCAACAUCUCAUGAAAAUAACAAUUUAAACGAUAAUGCACCUUCAAAAAUCAUGACAAUUACUAAAAAUAAUUAUGAAGUUGACAAUAGUAUAACCAGUGAAUUAAAUGCAGUAACUAAUACGAGCGAAAUUGAUAUCGAUAAUGUAUCUAGAAAAGAAUCUACUAAUGUUGUUAUUAAAGAACAGUUAAGAAAAGAUGAAAUCAUUGUUGAAAAAUCUGAAAAUACUGAAAACAUGAGCGAAACUGAAAAAAAUAUUAAUAAUAUGUCUGAAAAUAAUACUCAAACUCAAGAUCAAGUUAAAAAAUAUCAAACAAAUACCAGAUAUUUUCAUUCAAAGGAUAAUUAUUCAAAUGACAAUACUUAUGAGACAUCAAGUAGUCUUAAAGCUUCUAAAUACCGGGGCCAAUGUGGAAGGACAUCUAAUGUUACAAAGAAUUUUAACUUUCGUCUAAAUCAAAACAAAUAUUAUCGUCCAACAUAUAAUCGAGGAAACAUGAAUAAUCAAUCUCGGCAAUCUUUACAUCCUUAUGGAAAUUCCAACUCAAGAAUUUCAUCACAAUUUGAUUGUCCUAAUAGCUUAACCUCAAGAAUUGUCUCACCUCCUCCAUGUUCUGAUGAUUUUAUACCAUUAAUAACAAGUCAUAGUUUCCAUAGUGCUUGUCAUCGUUAUAGACAUGCAAGGAAUUAUCAAAAUAAUGUUUUUUCAUUAAAUAGUCAACAUCCACGUUUUCAGUACUUCAAAAAUACAUCCAAAGGCCAUUUUUUCUCAUUUUCCAAGCCAUCAACUUUAAAUAGUAAACCAAUUUCACAAGCACCAUCAUUUGAGUCAAAUGAAAAAUACUCACCGCCAAAAACGAGUUCAAAUAGUGAUACACAAAAUAAUGUGAAUAAAUCUCGUGAAAAAAAGGAAGUACUAGAAAAAACGCUAGUAAAAGAACAUGGACCCGCUUCUAAAAUUCGAAAAGUGUUGGAUAAAAAAUUAUCUGAUAAUGAAAUUAAAAAAGAAGAUAAUGAACUAAUGGUAACUAGUGAUGUUGAUAAUGAAGAAGAUGUCAUAGAUGAUUUGACUUCAAAAAAUCUGGAAUCUGAUACUUUAAGGGAUUGCUCAGUUACAUUUAAUAUACUUAAACCAAUGAAAACUAGUGAAAUAAAUAAACUAUUAGAAAAAUAUGGCAUAAUAAAGGAAUUUAAGUGGACAGAUAACAGUUUUCAAAUAGCAUGUGUUACUUAUUUAAACAGAAAAAUAGCAUUACAAGUGUAUCAAAAGUUUCAAAAAAAUGAAUCUCCAGAAUGAAUAUUUUGUUUUUGAAACUAGAUACAUGCAGUAGUCUUGUGUGCCAGUAUUGUCUUCAUAUUUCUAAAUUUAUUUUUGUUGUACCAAUUAUAUUGGCUGUAUAAUUUUUAUAAAAUUAAGUAAAUAGUAUUAAGCAAAGGUUAAGUUAAAAGCAGUAUUAGUAAAGUUUAAGUAUUUAUGUUAUUUCUUUUUGUUUAUUUAUGAAUUGUUUAAUUACCAAUCAAUUUACAGUGAAAUAUUUGUUUUAUGUUUGUAUAACUAUUAAUGAUAACUAUAUUGUAUACAUUCAGCUAUUUAACAACGAAGAUUUUUUCUAUUUAUAAAAACAUUUUCUGCAG